AUGACUUUAUUAACGUCGUCAAUCAUUGUUUCGACUAAUGAACUUUUCAAGUUCAUCCUCUUAAUCUUAACUCUUUACACCGCUCGUUUCUAUUUUCGUUAUUUUACACGAAAAAAUAAGGUCCCGGGACCACUUCCGUUCCCCUUCUUUGGUACUAUGCCUUACUCUUACAUUGUAGGUCAAUAUAGAUUUCUUAACUAUUGUUAUGAAAAAUAUGGAACAUUAUUUGAGAUAUACGUUGGAGACGAUCUGAAUACCAAUCGAGAAAUUUAUAUAUGUAAACCAGAGUUGCUUGAAAAAAUCUUCUCUAGCUCCACAAAAAGUAAUUUUUUAUUACGAAGUCCAAAUAAUGAAGGAAUGAACGAAUUUGGAUUUGGUAAAAGUGGUAUGGUUGUGAACAGUGAUUUAAGUAGUUGGAGAAGGAACAGAAUGUUAUCCGUACCCUUGCUCAUGAAUGCAGGAUUUUUAAAAACUCAAGUGCAUGUAAUACAAGAAUUGUUUCAGGAAAUGGAAAAUUAUUGGAAAUUGUUAAAUGAUAAGAAUGAUGAGAAGAUCAUUUUGGAUUUUACUAGUUGGAUGCAUAGGUUUGCCUUGGAUGUUGUUAUUACUUCGUCAUUGGGUAGAUCUUCUUACGCGUUAAAAUCUUUUUAUAACACUUUUACCCAAAGUGAUGGUACGAUCGAAAAGAACGAAAAUACAAGUUCCAUCGAAUAUGAUUCAAGUGAUCUACUUAUUAGGCAGGUCAAAUCAUUCUUCAAAGCGUUGCGAUUCGUUAAACAUCCGUCUUGGUUACGUCACACAUUCCUCAUUUACUACAAUAAUUUUUAUUUGAACGAAAUAAAGUCGUUAAACAAUAGUAUAGAGAAUUUUAUUAAAUUACGUCGCGAAGAAAUUCUGUUGGAAAUAAAAAAUGGAAAAAAUGUUCAAGAGGAUAGGCGAGAUAUAAUGUCUUUAUUUCUAUUGAAGUAUUCGACGAUUAAAAAUCAAGAUUAUGUUGACAGAAAAAUGACGAAGCGACAUACUGAGGAAAAUUUUGAAGUUGUAACUGAUGAAGUGAUUAGAUCGAACUUGAUUGAAAUCUUUAUUGGUGGAAAUGAGACGAGACCUAUCCCUAGUGCAAAAAAGAGCAUGUACACCUAG